CACAACAAAGCAGGCAGCUAGGACUCCCUUGCAACACUGAGCGCCGCAGAUUUCAAAAGACAUUGUUUUUUCAGUCAUGGAAUUGACCAAACUGUCCGACAUGACAAAACUCCACCAAGCUGUAGCUGCUGGGGACUACAAUUCAGUGAAAAAGAUUUUGAAGAAAGGUCUCUGUGACCCAAACUACAAGGAUUUGGACUGGAAUGACCGAACCCCACUUCACUGGGCUGCGAUCAAGGGACACAUGGAGGUGCUGCAGCUCCUGAUAGAACACGGGGCCAGGCCCUGCCUGGUAACUGAUGUGGGCUGGACCCCCGCUCAUUUCGCAGCUGAAUCGGGCCAUCUGAACGUGCUCAAAACUCUCCAUGCCCUGCACGCCGCCAUCGACGCCCCUGAUUUCUUUGGAGACACACCAAAGAGGAUCGCACAGAUCUAUGGGCAGAAAGCCUGUGUAGCAUUCCUGGAGCAGGCUGAGCCCCAGUGCCGGGACCACCGCCAGGCGACCCAGCAGAAGGGGCUGCGGCUCGAUCAGCGGGACGAAGGCUGGGAGGCCAAGAAGAGGGAGCUGGAGCUGUCUCUUCCUCCCUCAAAGCAAAACACUAAUAAGAAGAAGAAUAAGACUCGAGGCCCCACCAGGCUCAGCAAUACCAACGAGAGGAGAGUGUGAGAAGGCUGGCGUCCCAGGAACUGGAGCUGGGUUUUCUGGCAGGAGACUCUCCUUGGCGCCAGACUAGGUGUUGUUAGGUGUGUGUUGUCCUGACAUGAUUUCACUCCUAGAUCAUUAAUUACCCACAUGGCUUCUACCGAUAGCUCCUGACCUGUUGUUCAAUCUGGAAGUCUGGCCUGGGGACUCUCUACAUGGGCUGUCUCCUCCUUGCCCAUACCUGCUGUGCCUAAGUAUUACCAAGAGGGGACAAACGUCAGCUGCUUGCAUUUUGUCACCAGUGAUUUGCACUGUCUGCGUCUCCUGAACCCCUAUAUGCAAUUAUAGAAUUUCAGGGGCAAAGAAAAAGCUUCUCCUAAGGAAACUUGGUUGUUUCAAUGACAAAAAAAAGUAUUGUAACAACAAAAUCUCAAAAA